AGAGAUAAGACCGAAGCUCGCUCAGACAAAGAAUUGAGAACCAUACAAUAUGGCCAUGUUUGUGUGGGCUGCAGUCGUACUUCUUCUGGGACAGGCGUCAGCACAUGAAGACGAAAUACUGGCUAGACUGGACGCAGCUAGGGCUGUUUUAGAUUCAGCAAUAGUGAAUAACACUCUCACAGAAUGCAGAACGCGUCCGGCCGACAUCGUGUUCCUCCUGGACUCAUCAAGCAGUGAAGGGCAAGACGGUUUCACAGAACAGGUCAAAUUUAUCUACAACGUCACUAAAGCCUUCAACAUCGGGCCCGGAGACGUUCAGGUGAGUGUGGUAGUGUUCGCGACGAGCCCCUUCAACCAGUUCUUCCUGAACGAAUACAGCAACAAGACAGAUGUUCUGGCCGCCAUCAAUAGCGUCAUCUAUCAACCCGGGAACACCCAGACGGAUGACGGGCUCGCCUUUGUCUUCCACAACAGCUUCCUCCCGAUACACGGGGGACGGAAUGACUCGGAGAAGAUCAUCAUCGUCCUCACCGAUGGCCAGUCCACGGAUACAAUUAACACAGCGUCCGUAGCAAACCAGAUCCAUAACACCGACAUCCAGGUUAUUUCCAUCGGCAUCGGCAGCGCCAUCGACAAGACGGAACUGGCUACCAUCGCCACUGACAAUGAACACAUGUACCUUGUGGCCAACUUCAGCGUCCUGUUCGCCAUAGUUGAUGAAGUUGCAAAGGAAACGUGUACUAGCACUGAGUUGGUGUGCAGGUCGAACCCGGCCGACAUCCUGUUCCUUCUGGACACGUCGAGCAGCGAAGGCACUCCAAGCUUUAACAUUCAGCUGGAGUUCGUUAAAAACUUCACCAAGGACUUCGAAAUCGGCCCUGAUAAUGUCCAGAUUGCUGCAGCCACUUUCUCGGACACCACCCAACCGGAGUUCUGGUACAACGACUACCACAACAGCACCAGCCUCUUGGCUGCCAUUGGCCGCAUCAUGUACCGAUCAGGAAACACUCACACGGAGGAUGCUUUGAGAUUUGCAAGCACUGAGGGCUUCACCGCGGAACACGGUGCCAGGAACGACUCCAGCCAUAUCAUUAUCAUCUUAUCGGACGGCCAGUCCAUAGAAAAGAGUCAGACCAAGAAUGAAGCAGAGGCCAUCCACAGCAUCGGUAUUCAAGUCAUCGCCAUCGGCAUUGGUGUCAGCAUCGACCAACAGGAACUAAGGGACAUCGCUUCCGGUUCCGGCGACCAGAACGCCUUCUCCGUUGCCAACUUUGAUGCUCUGCGCACCAUCGAACUUCCGAUCCAAAGGCAAACAUGUGAAGUUCAGGAAGCGUGCGGUAUCCGGCCGUCAGAUAUUGUUUUUCUACUGGACACGUUCAACAGUGGGGGCGAAGACAAUUUCAAGAAACAGCUGCAGUUUGUCAACAACUUCGCGAGCAAACUCAUCAUCGGCGCCGACAACGUCCAGAUCAGCGUCGUCAGCUUCUUAACGUCGUGGCAGACGGAUUUUCCACUCAACCAGUUCAGCAAGAAACAGGAUCUGCUGAAUGCCAUAACUCAACUCCCCUACCAACCGGGCAACACACCCACAGACGAUGGCCUUCUCUACGUUAGUCAGAACAGCUUCCAGAGUGGAAACGGCGCACGUCCCAAUGCUAACCAGAUGGUCGUCGUCGUUACGGACAGGGUUUCGGCCAAUCCCAGCAAGACGGCCGCCCAGGCUGUCACUCUGCAUGAUAAGGGUAUCAAGGUCAUCGCUGUAGGCAUCGGUCCUAUUAUCGACAACGAUGAGCUGAACAACAUUGCAAGCGGUGACGCCUUCGUCUUCAAAGCUGUCGACGUCGACGCACUGUUGAAGAUGGAAAAGGAUAUUCGGGAUACAACGUGCAAGACGCAAGUAAUGACAUGCUCCACAGAGCCAACAGAAAUAGUCUUCCUCCUCGACUCCUCUUCCAGUGAAGGGUCUGUUAACUUCAAGAAACAACUAAGCUUUGUCAGCAACUUCAUCGACGGUUUUGACAUCAGUCCUAAUGCCGUUCAGGUGGCACUUGUAACCUUCUCCACCGUGGCUACCAACCGUUUCUUUCUGAACGAUUACAUGAGCAAGGCUUCUCUGAAGAGUGCCAUCUCCAGGACCCCUUACAAUUCCGGAAAUACUCACACCGGGAACGGGUUGGAGUUCGUCAGGCAGAGCUCUCUCAGCCCGAAACAUGGGGCACGGCCAGGGUCCAAGAAGGUCGUGAUCGUGAUGACCGACGGUCAAUCUCAACAGAAAUUACUGACAGCCAAUCAGGGCAUCCUGCUCCGCAAGGAAGGGGUCAUGGUCAUCUCUAUUGGCAUUGGUGCAGCCAUCGACCAGUCGGAACUCGCAGUCAUUGCCUCCGACGACAAACACAUGGUCAAGGUGUCUAACUUCGACAACCUGAACGCCAUUGAACAACAAAUCCAGGAUAUAGUUUGUAGUGAUCUAGUUUGCGCGUCCACUCCCGCCGACAUCAUGUUCGUCCUCGACUCGUCUGCCAGUAUCGGGCCCUUCAACUUCAACACCAUGCUCAACUUCAUCACCAACUUUGUCCGCAAGUUUGACGUAGGUACGAGCGCAGUACAGUUCGGUGUGGUCGCUUUUGCUAACGACGUUAAUCCCCAGUUUGACCUUGGACGCUACAAGACCAGAGCUGAGGUGAUCGCCGGCAUCAACGACGUUCGCUACCACUACGGCGGCACGUACACCGAGAAGGCUCUAGAAUACGUGAGGACUACCAGCUUCACAUCGGGCCAAGGGUCAAGGUCAGAGGCAACUAAGAUCGCCAUUGUUCUCACAGACGGACAGUCAAACUCAGUCGAGAAGACCAAGGCGGAAGCUCAAGCUCUGCACGCUGCUGGCAUCGAGGUAAUUUCUAUCGGCAUUGGCAGCUCCGUCAACGUCCAAGAGCUGACCAACAUCGCCACCAACGUCUCCUACGUCUUCAGCGUGGCCACCUUCGACGCCCUCUACACCAUACAGGCGGAGUUACUGCAGGCAACGUGUAGAGUGCAGGUGAAUAAACCACCAGCUACUGUAAAACCCGGGCCGUGUGUGGCGUCCGACUCUGCCGACGUCAUCUUCCUCCUCGACUCCUCCAACAGCGAGGGACCCGCCAGCUUCCAACAGGAGCUGGACUUCGUCGUCAAAUUCGUCGACGACUUCCCCAUCGGCCCCAACGACUUCCAAUUUGGUAUCAUCACAUAUGCAUCAAACGCGCGCAUGCAGAUCAGCCUGAACGACAACCCCACUGAAAGUGAUCUGCGCUUGGCUAUACUUCAGGUUGUCUACGAUGGCGGCCUCACCUACACCAACCAAGCCCUGGAGCUCGCCCGAACCGUCGGCUUCAGCGACGUCAGUGGUGCCAGGAAUGGGACCAGCAAAUUUGUUAUAGUCGUUACUGAUGGUGCGUCGACUGCACCCGCAGCCACUCUGAAGGAAGCAGAGUUGCUGAAGGCCGAUGGCGUGAACAUCAUCACUGUCGGCGUUGGCAAACAUGUGCCUGUGACGAUGUUGCAGGCGAUGGCCACUGACAGUACUGGUGGAGUAUUUCUUGUCAACUCUUUUGAGGACCUUCAGACACGUGAACAUGAAGUCGAACUGAAACUCUGCUCUGAGGUUUAAAGGUGCUUUGUAAUUGUCCGUCUGGUGUUGUUUCAACGUUGCAGCUGAGGACGACCCCUUCGUCAGUCGUCACCUCUGAUGUACCGAAAGUACCAGAUAAUGUUUGAUGCUUCAAUUUGUAUUAGCAAUAAAUAUUUCAUAUA